AUGGCUGGAAUUCAGCUUGGUGACAAACAAGUGACUCUCGAGGAUCUGGACGCAGUGAUUUUCGACAGAAGCGUGAUUCAGGUCGAUCCUGCGUAUUUGGCCAAGAUCCAAACGCCUGGAAAGAAGAAGGGUGCAAAGCUCACUACGGUAAACGUGGAAAAGGUAGACGUCCCUGUGCUGGAGGACGUGGCGAGAGCAUCUCUCGUAUUUUCGCUCCUCGCUUUGUUGAAGAGUGACGGAAUUAGCGAGCAGCUCACACGAGGCCUCAUUGCUGUGCUCAAUGAGAACAAGGACCUGCCUCUGAACAUUCUUUCCCUCCCCGACGAAAUCGAGCCCUUCAAAGAGGAGAAAAUGCCCCUUACGGAGCACGAGCGCGAGAUCCUCAGCGCUCUCUCUCCUCGCACCACCGCUCUCUGCUACCUGAUUUUCAAGCGUGUCGAGCGUCUCAACAAUCUCCUCCUUAUGGGCUCCGCCCUCCUCCUCUCCCUUCUGGGCGCCAAACUCGACUCUCUCUCCGAGUCCGUUUACGAAGUUGACCAUCUGCACCGAAACGCUGCGUACGUCGCGCAGAUGCUCCGCGUCGCUCUUUUCGGCGCAUCGAAUCUCCAAUCGGAUUGCACUUCGCUCGUCCAGCCGCUCCCCGAGCUGCUCGGCCCGCUCUACGACUAUUGCAAGCAGUUUAAACUGAGUCUGCAGGCAGAACUCAACGCUCCGCCGACAUCCCGCGGAUCGGCGACCUUGUUUUCCUUCGCGCGAAGCAUCGACGAGCAGAUCGAAGACAUCGCGAGCCACAUGCUUCGCAUGGCGCAGGAAGCGAAGAUCGAAUCUGAUUGGUCGGCGCUUUCCGAGCGAACAGCCAAUCAGAUCGCCGCGCUGGCCACCUCCGAGCGCAGCCUUCGCGUUCCUCUCACGCUCCUCGAGCGGAUCGACGCGCUGGAGACCCUCCUCAGCAUCAUCUACUCGCAUUCUCUCCAAAAGCUGGAAGCGCUGUCCCAGCAAGCGUCGGCGGCGUCGGGCCCCGCGAAGACGCUGGACCCCUCCAUCGAGGCGCGUCUGGCGGCGGAGCGCGCGAAGGAAGAAGCGGGUCUGGACGAAGCGACGCUAGCGAAGAUCCGCGAGAAGCGAGCCGCGAAGGAGGCGAAGAAGGCCGCGAAGGCUGCGCAGAAGGCGGCGAAGCGCGUGAACUUCGGGAACGGCAUCACGCAGCUUCUCGCCGUCGUCGCGCAGCAGAACCUCGCUCUCGCCACGACGGAACCUCGAGAAAUUCUGCUGCGCGUGCUCCCGAGCCACCUCGCGGCGCUGCUGGACGCGCUGAAGUCGGGCGGCGUGCACCGCAAGCCGAAGCUCCCGAAGGGCACGCGCGACUUCACGCCGGAGCAGAUGGCGAUCCGACACCGGCUGUUCUCGCAGAUCCGCGCGGUGUUCGAGCGGCACGGCGGCGUGGAGCUGGACACGCCGGUGUUCGAGGAGAAGGAGACGCUGACCGGGAAGUACGGCGAGGACUCCAAGCUCAUCUACGACCUCGCGGACCAGGGCGGCGAACUGCUCGCGCUGCGGUACGACCUCACGGUGCCGUUCGCGCGGUACCUGGCCGUGCACGGCGUGAGCCAGCUGAAGCGGUUCCACAUCGCCAAGGUCUAUCGCCGCGACAACCCCGCCACCUCCAAGGGACGCUUCCGCGAGUUCACGCAGUGCGAUCUCGACGUCGCCGGCGCCUACGACGACAUGACCGCCGACGCCGACGUCAUUGCCGCGGGAAUCGAGGUCUACGAGGAGGUGGGCGUCGGCAACAUCGCCGUCAAGAUCAACCACCGCGCGCUGCUCGACGGCAUGAUGGAGAUCUGCGGCGUCCCCGCGGGGAAGGUCCGCGCCAUCGGCUCGGCGAUCGACAAGCUCGAUAAAGAGCCCUGGGAGGCCGUGCGUUUCGAGAUGACCGAGAAGAAGGGGCUCCCCGCGGAAGUCGCCGACCGCAUCCGCGAGUUCGUGGAGAUCCGCGGGACGCCGUGGGAGGUGCUGGAGCGGCUGGAGGCGAUGCCGUGCAUGCGGUCGCACGGCGCGGCGUGGGCGGCGCUGGCGUCGAUGCGGCGUCUGUUCGGGUAUUUAGAAGCGAUGGGCCAUCUGGCGAAACUGUCGUUCGACAUGUCGCUGGCCCGCGGGCUGGACUACUACACGGGCGUGAUCUACGAGGUGGUGCUGCUGGACAACCCCUACGGCGUGGGGUCCAUCGGCGCGGGCGGGCGGUACGACAAGCUCGUGGGCAUGUUCAGCGCCAGCGGCAAGCAAAUCCCCUGUGUGGGCAUCUCCAUCGGCGUGGAGCGCGUGUUCACCAUCCUCGAGAAGAAGGCCGCCGACGAGGGAACGCUGCGCUGCGCGCCGUGCGAUGUGUUCGUCGCUUCCGCGGGGAAGGAGCUCGCCGCGCAGCGCAUGCGCAUCGCGGGGAUGCUGUGGAGGAACGGAAUCAAGGCCGAGUUUGGGUAUCAGGCCAACCCGAAGCUGCAGAAACAGCUGACGUACGCGCUGGAGAGCGGAGUGAAAUGGAUCGUGGUCGUGGGAGAGGAGGAGAUGAAGCAGGGAAAGGUGAACUUGAAGAAUCUGCAGACGAGAGAGGAGGUUACCAUUCCCGUCGAGAGCGUCGUGGACGAGUUGAAGAAGCAGGGAGUUCAUCAAAACACUCUUUGGUGUGUUUGUUGUAUACGUGCGAUUUGGGAUUUCGUAGUGGCUCCUAGCUCUGGACAGCGUUCUAUCCGUUUCUAG